GCAUACCUCCAGCAGAAGGAUUGGCCUGCUAGAGUUGUAAUGCGUUUGUAGCCUACAUGUGUGACUUAUAUAUAACAUUUGCUAACAUGAGUACACAUUGCAUACAAUGGUGUAAGUUUCCUUUUUUACCUUUAUAAACUCAACUUGCGUCUGUAAAUAUCUGUAUUCGUUGUACUAUUAUUAUUUCCGUAGCCUAGGCUACACUAAUGGUCACGUUCCAAGUCCUAUGCCUGUAAAGUGAUUUGAACGCCAAUCGGCUGCACUCCGGUACUGUACCUGCACCACGAAUAUGACAUCGGUUUUCCUCUAUAUAACCAUUAUAUUUUUUACGCUACUUACCUAUAAUGAUUUGGGAAAGAACCAUAAACCAACCAUUGAAUUAAAUUGUAAUGACGGUGCUAGUCACAUAUGUACUAACAUCAUAGAUUGUAGAUGGACUGGCUUCUUGAAAGACGUUGUAUUUGAUUGCCCGCUUGAUAAUGACAAGUUUCAAUGUUCAGUGGAGACGGAUGAAGUAAAGAAAAACAAGGAAGAACAACAAACAGUACCAGUGGCACCGAUAUGCAAAGACAAUAGAAGCUGUGGAUUCCCUACAACAUUUGUAGGUGAAAGUGUAAGAUGCACCAUACGUAUGCUGUUUUUGACAUAUUUUCAACAGAAAUACAGCCACCAAUAACAUCAAGAGGACCAGAAAAGAUGGAAGAUGGAAAAGAUUUGGGAAAGAACCAUGAACCAACCAUUGAAUUAAAUUGUAAUGACGGUGCAAUUCACAUAUGUACUAACAUCAUAGAUUGUAGAUGGACUGGCUUCUUGAAAGACGUUGUAUUUGAUUGCCCGCUUGAUAAUGACAAGUUUCAAUGUUCAGUGGAGACGGAUGAAGUAAAGAAAAACAAGGAAGAACAACAAACAGUACCAGUGGCACCGAUAUGCAAAGACAAUAGAAGCUGUGGAUUCCCUACAACAUUUGUAGGUGAAAGUGUAAGAUGCACCAUACGUAUGCAAACACAACUACCAACAACAUCAAGAAAACCAGACAAUCUGAAGAAUAAAACAGACCAAUCAGGGCCAGAGGAGGUUUUAAGAGGAGGGACUGAGAAGAGAGAAGAGGUAACCACCCUUUCCCUUACCUAAACGGACACCCAGCCAACCCUGUCAUUCAACAGCCAGGUCACGAUGCGUGUAGGGUUGACACUCUCCACAGUGGGUGGGUUGAGUCACUCGUGAACUGGUUGAAUGGCGUUGUCUCAAACAGUUUCUAAACCAUCUACUAUUCACCUGCCCAUCUCCUCUUCCCAUCACUCCUCCCUUCCUCCUCCAGACCUCCAAGAUGGUCCGAGUUCACAACACCCAGUACUCCCUCUUCCUGCGCCAGGCAGAUGUCCUGCGUCGCUCGGGGACGCUGUGUGAUGCUGUCAUCUCAGUGGAGAGCCAGGUGUUCAGGGCCCAUCGGCUGGUGCUGGCCUGCGCUAGCAAAACCCUGGAGCAUCAGCUCACCCUGCAGGCUGCAUACUCAGACCAGCCUGAUUGCCUCGACCAACCUUACCACUGUUGUCUGGAGCUCCUCUCUCCACAAACAUUCCAGCAGGUCCUGGAUUUUGCCUACACCGAGACCCUGGAGGUCCCUGUGGAUGAUCUGCCCCAGCUUCUGAGGGCCGCCAAGCUCCUGGAGAUGCAUUCCCUGGAGGAGCAGUGUCGCAGCCAGCUGAAGAGAAAUCGGGGGUGCCUGACGAGAGAGAGAAGAGAGUUGAGAGAAAUAAGAGUGAGAGGAACAAAAGAAACUAGAGAAAUGAGAGAAACGAGACAACUUCAGAUAACAGAGGAGAGAGAUGAGAAAGAAUUCCUGAAAGGAAGUCACAUUCCAGAAGAGGGGGAUCCCCAGACAAUUCCCUCCAUUGAUCUGGAGCCCCAGAGCAGCCCAUUCACUGAGGACCCCACUCUUCCUGACACCAGGGAUAACACCUCUGGUUCAUCACCCCCACAGAGAAAAAGGCCAAAGCAACUCACACCCACACUAGUGACCACCACACCGCCUCCAUCCAGAGACAGUGUCAUCGCCACCACUGCUGCCACCAUCCAACCCCCUCCUCCUCCUCCCCCAGCGUCGAGGGUCAUGUGGCACCAAGUCAACACCCUCAGGAGGAUGGCCUUGAACUAUAACGACAUCCUAGCAGCCAGUUCUUCUUCCCUUCAACCCUCACAGCACCUGGUGACAUACCCUUUCCACCUCUCCACUCCUCACAUGUACCCCCUGCUAAUGUCCUCCAUCCCACCCCAGGUCCACAGCGCCGUCCUUGGCUACCCUGGUAUCCUGCAUCCAUACCACCACCCCCUGCUCUCUGGGUCUCAGGAGCUGGGGGACAUCCUGACGCAAGGUUUGCUGGGAAAAAUAGACCCGAUGGAUAAAGUGUUGAUAGGUGGAGCACAAGGGGAAGGGCAAAGAUACUCCCAGGAGCGUCCAGGAAGAACCCAGGACUGUCAGCACUGCAGCAAGGUCCCCCUGGGCAGCUCAUGGCUGCAGGCCUCAACCACCAACCCCUCAGGCUCAGGUGAGACUUCUCUGGGGUGUAAGUACUGUGAUCGUGGCUUCAGGGUGGAGCGGUCACUGCUGUCCCACCGGCGAGAUCAGGGAGGAGAGAAGCCCUACCAGUGUAAUCGCUGCUCCAAGAGGUUCAGCCUCAAACACCAACUGGAUACACACCACCGGGUACACACAGGAGAGAAGCCUUUUGAGUGCCGUCUGUGUGGCCAGCGGUCAAGGGACUACUCAGCCAUGAUCAAGCACCUGCGGACCCACGGCGGGGCCACACCCUACCAGUGUACUGUCUGCCUGGAGUUCUGUAGCAGCCUGGCUGCCAUGCAGAAACACCUGAAGAACCACCCGCUGCAGGACUUUCCCCCGGACUGGACCAUCAGCAGCACCUACCUGUACACAUGCCAUACCUGAGCUAGCUUGAAGGCAAAUGUAAUGUCAACAGAGAAUCAUUUUACUGCCAAACAACUACAUCUCAGGGAAACUAACUCAUAGCAUGUAAUGUACAUACAUGGUAACAAGACACCAGUUACCGUAGCAUUUAUCCAUGUACUCCAAAAGCGCAUGGAGUACGUCAAUGCAUAUUUCCACCACUAGAGGGACACUGGGUCUCAGAAAAGAAUGUAAAACAUGUCUAACACCAGCAGCAUUAUCAUUAUCAAGCACAGUAUUAUUACCAUUCUAUCGUGGAUGCAGCUGAAGAGUCAGUCACUUCCAAGAGACAAGGAAAGGAAACAUCAAGACUAUUUAGAGGCAGCAAAAAAUGUGUCCUUGUUUCAUAUGAAUGUGUCCAUCUAUGUUUGGCCGUUAUCUCUCUCAAGAAGACUUGGUGCAAUCGUUUUGUACACACAUUCUUGAUUUUCAUUUAGCCAUGUGUGUUUAGUACAUUUAGAUGUUGUUUGAUUCAUAUUUACAGUGCCUUUAGAGUUUGCACCUCCUGGAUUUUAUUCCCACGUUAUUUUGCGUUUCAAAGUGAGAUAGAAAUAUAUAUAAAAUAUAUAUAUAUUUUUUAUCAUUCAGCUACACAAAAUAGUCCCUAAUGUUAAAGUGAAAAGAAAAUUCUACACGUUUUUACAAAUUAAUAACAAUUAAAUGACUAAAAUAUAGUAGCUGUACUCACACCCUUUGUUUAGCAAAGCCUAAAUGAAGUAAAAAUGUGUCUUAACAAAUCACAUAAGUUAUAUGGACUCCCUCUGUGUGAAAUAACAGGGAUUGACAUGAUUUUUUAAUGACAUUGUAAUGACUCCACAAUAAUGACCUAAAAGACAGAGUGAAAAGAAGAAUAUAAAUAUACAGAAUACAAAUAAUCCAAAACAUGUAUAAAGGCACUAAAGUAAUACUGCAACAGCAAAAACAUGGUAAAGGAAUACACCUUUUGGCCUAAAUGCAAAGCCUUAUAAUUAUCUAAUCAAGGUACAUUAGUGUUGCAUUUUUUAUUAAUAAAAAAAAUACAAAAAUCUUUCACUUUGAUAUUAGAAUAUUUUGUGGAAGCCGUUGACCUAAAAAAUACAAUUAAAUACAUUUUAAUCCCACUUUGUAACACCAUAAAAUGUGAAGAAAUCCAAGGGGGUGUAGACUUUUUUAUAGGUGUUGUAUAUGUGCUUUAGCCUGUUGCUAUUUUAAUGAUAGUAUUGUUAUAAUCAAUGUACUAGUUUAGCAGAUGGCCUGUUUUGGUAGUGAAUGUAGAUCCUCACACAGUCACACCCAACCACAAAGAAACAAUAGCCUGUCAAGUCAAACCUUUGUGAUAUGAGACCAUUGGUUUGCUCUGAACUUGAGUGUGAAUGCAUUUUGGCAUAAAUUACACAGCAGCUGGCAUGCAGAGUGUAUUUGCAAUUAGUAUCUCUUCAGAGAAUAAAUGUUUUAAAUACA